AUGAACGAAUUCGCACUGAGCCUGAGACCGCCCGUCCAACCUGGCAGAUCACGAGACCAUCAUGAAAGCAUCGACCGCACUGAUAAUCGUUGUCGAUCCCCUCGUUCCCUUGAGCCACGAGACUACCGUGGAUUUGACCAAGGCCGUCGUGAACGCGAUGGUGGCCCCGAAAUUCUCACUCGGGCUGUUAUCGCACGCUUUACUGAUGUGGCUCAUGACCGCCAACCACGCACUCCUAUCAGAGCUCACAACCAGCUUGCUACUGAAGAAAAGCAGAAACUGGGCGAGUGGCUUCGCCGAUCUACCAGGGCUACAGAUCCCAACAUUCGUGCUACUAUCGAGGACUUUCGCAACUACCUUAACAAAAUCUUUCAGGGCUGGUCCUCAGAGGGCCAUCACCCCUCUGGACCCAGCUCUCUGGACUGUUCGGCUUUCCAAACAAGCAUCAUGGUUAGAACACUUAAAGUUAAUGCUCCUCUCAGUAAGGUGCAGGCUUUGACAGCCCAUCCGGCCCAUAAUCUAGCACGUAUUGCUGGUGAGCCUGUCUUCUGCAGUGUUAUUUUCAACAACGACAUGGAUGGGGUUGUUUUCACUUGGAAAGACCAGAACGGUUAUGGGGUCCCUUACGAUAUGAUCUCUUUCACACCAAGUGCUAAGCGAGCAGAUAUCCGCUACCAAGCCAUCGUCACAUACGACCGUCACGAGUUGCAGCGCGUAGGUCAUCACAACAGCGGCAUCAUCGGUGCUUGGGCUCGCCAUGCAAUCGGGGCUUGGGCUCGACGAGGCAGUCAAGACGACCCAGACAUCGAUGUCCUAGAGCCUCGGGGCCUCCUCACCUGUGUAUUCGCCAGAGAUCGCGUUAUACCAGCAGGCGAGGCUCUUAUGGAAGUUGGGAGGCGCCUCACGCGAGACAAUGUUCUAUCAGCUCCUCGUGCCCCUUCCAAAUCUCAACGACAUUGA